GUGUCAAGUAUAUUAUCUUAUUCAUUAUUAUUAUAUAUUAUUAUAUUGUGUCUAGUUCACGGUCUUAUAUACCGUCUAACCGUGGUCUAGUUUAUAGUUAUGUUAUCUCAGUUACCAAGGGAAUAAGAAUGCACAUUGAAAUGCUCAUUGACUAAUCUCAUAUUCUCAUGUAGACAUAUAUUAUAAAAACUUUAAAAUAUGUAACUUUCUUGUAACGUGGAGUUAAUUAUUUCCGCAUUUAUUAGUACUAUUACAAAAAAAGGUGGAUACCGCUCUGCCGUACAGUAGAUUACAAGUGCCAAUUCACGGUACGUGCAUACUACAUUGGUCAUUGCUUCAUAUUCACUUGGUAGUUGGUACACUGAUGACAAAAUGGCUCAAUAGCGUUUGUUUCACUUUUUUAAAGUAAAUCAAUUAUACAAGGAUAUUGAGUACCAAGUCAGGUAAACAUACCUUUUUGGAUAAAUUGUGCCUAGGACACAAUUUGUGUUACUUUUUCCCCGACAGCUAAUAUUUAUAAGUUCUUAUUUAUCCUUACAUAUGACUGCUGAUAAAAAGAAACAGUCAAUUACAAUUUAUGAAAUAAUUACUAAUUACCGACAUAGUAUAUUGUUUAAAAAUAAUAUUAUACUAUAAUUACUUAUCAAUUUAAAAAUUUGUUUAAUUCAUAAUAUUUUUAUUGAAUGUACAUAAUAUCACAAAAAAAUAUUCAAAAUAUAAUGUUUAUAUGAAAUAUUUAGUUAUAAUAUUAUUACCUUUUAAGUAUUAGGUAAUGAAAUACUAAUUAUUGCAUACAAAAUAAAAAUUUAUUUAUAAAAUUGAUUAUCAGAUUAGAAAUCACUAAAAAAAAGAAAUAAUAAAUAAUUUAACUUGGAAUGUAAUUUGUGCCACCUUUAUUUUAAGAUAAGACUAGGAACCAAUCGAGGGAUUAGUUAUUAGUAUGCAAUUUUAAUGGUGUUAUGUCCAUAAAAAAUAUGGAAGCCAAACAGACUUUAUAUGGUCCAAGUGAUCAAAAACCAGUUAUAAAAUUCAAUGGAUGUGAACCAACAAACCUAAGAAAUAGCUCUCACGUAGUUGGAGUAUUUGAAGUGUUACAAUUGUUACGGAAAGAAGGAGUUUUAUGUGAUAUUAGGAUUGAAACUGAUGAUGGAACAAUCAUACUUGGACAUAAAGUUGUUUUAGUAUCUGCUAGUCCAUAUUUCCGUUCAAUGUUCACAAGUUUUGAGGAAAGCAAAAAAGAACUGAUACAUAUAAAAGAGUUGGAUUCAACCACAUUCCAAAGCUUGAUUGACUAUAUUUAUACUGGUGAAAUUGUCAUAACUGGAGAAAAUAUACAUGUGUUGCUACCAGCUGCAAAUUUCUUACAGUUAGAUUUUGUAGUAGGCGGAUGUGUUGAAUUUUUACAAAAACAAAUUGUUUCUUCGAAUUGUCUUGGUAUCAAAGCAUUUGCUGGCUUAUAUAACUGUGUGGAAUUGUUGACAAAUUCUGAAGCAUACAUUAAAAAACAUUUUGUAGAAGUGAUUAAAUAUGACGAGUUUUUAUCUUUAUCUUCCGAGGAAGUGAUUAAACUAAUCUCUUGUAAUGAUCUUACUGCUCCGUUUGAAGAAAAAGUAUAUGAAUGUGUUAUUGAUUGGAUAAAAUAUGAAUUGGAAUGUAGAAAAGAUUUUUUACCCGAUCUGAUGGAACAUGUACGUUUACCAUUAGCUUCAAAACAGUAUAUAUUAGAAAACGUAGUUGAUGAACCUCUUCUUAAACAUAGUCCUAAAUGUAAAGAUUAUAUAUUUGAAGUGUUACAUUUUUAUGUACUUAAGUCAGUACAGCCUUUUACUAUUCUACAAAACAUUCGGAGUAAGACAAGACAACCGAGUGGUUUACAAAAAGUUGUUCUAGUGUUUAGUUGGUGUAAAUCUUCAAAUAGGUGUAAUACAUAUUGGUAUGAUCCAGCAACUAACAUAUGGAUGAUUGGACCACAAAUAAGUAAAUGCCGCGAGACAGCUGGUUUUAAUGUAAUAAAAGAUCAAUUUGUGAUUGCUGUGGGUGGUAUUAAUAACUCAAGUUCUCAGUCUGUUGAAAUUCUUAAUUUAUCUUCACAAUCACCGUGUUGGGAACCGAUAGUUGACAUGUUAAUUAGUCGAAAAGAUUUAGGAGUUGGUGUGUUAGAUGGUUGUAUUUAUGCCGUUGGCGGAUCUGAUGGUACAAGUGUUUUAAAUAAUGCAGAAGUUUUUUGUAUUCAAGAAUGGCAAAUGAUAUCAAGUAUGACUAGUAAGAGAAGUCGGUUUGGUGUUGGAGUACUCAAUAACCUCUUAUAUGCGGUAGGAGGUUUUGAUGGUAUAUCACGUUUGAAAUCUGUUGAAUGUUAUGAUCCCAGACUUAACAAAUGGGCACCGGUUGCAGAAAUGUCUGUAUGUCGCAGUGGAGUUAGUGUAGAAGUAUUGGACGGUGUAAUGUAUGCUAUUGGUGGCACUACUGGGUCAAUUAUUCACAAAAGUUGUGAGGCCUAUCGACCAAAUGCUGGAGUUUGGACGUCUAUUGCUGACAUGCAUUUGUGUCGAGUCUUUGCUGGAGUAUUUGCAUUUAAUGGUUUAUUGUAUGUUAUGGGUGGAAUACAUGGAUGUUGUACUUUGGAUUCUGUAGAGAUUUACAAUCCCAACACAAAUACCUGGUCAAUCAAAACAUUUUCUACAAGUUUUAGCCAAAUUUAUGGUGCAGUAGUAGUUCAUAGUCCUCGCAUAUUUUAGCUAACUUAGAUUGUAGAAAUAUACAUGGAAUAUAAUAUUUUAUAUUAUUAUAGAAAUUUAAAAUCUUCUGUAUGUUUGAUUGAAUGGGAUAUAUUAUAUAAUUUAAAUUGACUAUUUUUGUAUUAAAUUAGAAGCUGUGAAAAUUAUUAAAUUAUAUUAUAUAAACUAAAUAUUUUAUUUA